AUGAAUACUUCUCAACCGUCAUUUGGAAUCAGUGAACCAAAUCCACCAGGUAGCAGUGGUGGACCUCCUCGUCCACCGGAAAUACCAACUUUAACAAACCUGCAAAGUAACGUUGCACUGUAUGGCUAUGCUCUUCUCUACAUUCUCGCCAUUUUUGGUCAUAUGAACACUUUACUCAUCUUUCUUCGACCCACUCUUCGUCACGUGUCAACUAGCUGCCUAUUCGUUGCACUCACUGUUUCUGAUUCCCUUUAUCUUCUUGUCAGUAUCUAUGAUUUUAUUAAUACGGGUCUUCGACCACCCGAUACAUCGCUAAACCCAUCUGCUGUAUGCCGUUUUCAUACAUUCGCUCAGUCAACAUUCAUAUGUUGUAGCGCAUGGUUACUAGUGGCAAUCUCGACUGAUCGAUGGGAACGCGUACGAUUUCCAUUCAAAUCAAAACAAGUGUGCACACGAAGAAAUACAUUCUUGGUAACAACAGGGAUAAUUAUCUUUCCCGCUAGUUUAAAUAGUCACUUUCUUCUACCUCAACUAUGUGGACGAUUGCCAGCGGGUAUCAUGACAGUAUGCGGUGCCAGAAUGGUGAAUCCUACCUAUUUUCAGUUUUUUCGUCGAACGUGGCCUAUUCUCUUUUCUUGA